GUAUGUCUUUAGUACAGCCACAGAGAGGAGACACUGAAGAUUAGUAUUCAGAGCACAGGGAGGAAGAGGAGGAGAGGCAGCGCGCGCGCAAAGCGAGUGAGAGUGAAAGGGAGGGGACAGGAGGAGAAAAAACCAGGAGRUGGGGAGGAAAAUAUAAAAAGCAAGAACAAGCGGAGAACCGAGAGGAGAUUUAUCUCGUUUCUGUUUCAGUCUGCCUUCCCGGUGUGGAGAGAGGCCGACAGGGAGGAGGAGGAGGAGGAGAGGAGGGGGUGCACGGAGCGAAAGAGGGCGGAAUGCCCCCUUACAGGCGUCGCAUCUGACUGAAGCACGGCUCGGAGGCUGGAGAGGACCGGAGGCUCCUGCGACGUGAAGGUGUUGUUGGAGGUCCGGUGGGAUCUGAGGCGUUCUCCGGCUGCACCCGUGAGUUCAACCACUUCCUGUUGGAGCUGAAGGCGAAGGAAAGCUCUGAUCCCAGUCUGCGGUGAAGAAAGGMGACAAAUCUGCUGCUUCCAGGUUUCGAUCAGGAAACCAUCGGGAAGAUAACGAAGCUGAGGGCACGCUCGAGCGAGAUAAGUCUGUGUUCCUCGUCGAGCGGUUUGUGAGAGCAGCAUGAAGCAGAACCUGAAGGGUUGAGUUCAGCCAAGAUAUCUCCGUCAGCCUGCUGUCGGUCAUCGUGACGUUUUGCGGCAUCGUCCUCCUCUCCGUCUCCCUCUUCGUUUCCUGGAAGCUCUGCUGGCUGCCGUGGCGGGACAAGGAGGGCGGGGGGAUAAGCCUGACGUCGGGCUUGUUGCCCGGGACCGCCGGGGUCGGGAGCCUCGGAGGAGCCGGGGGGUCGUCUCUCUUACCCCCGCUGCUGCAGAGGAAGGAUGGCCAGUCCUCGUCCUCGCUCUACCCCUCCCUCGGUCAGCAGGGCCACCCCCACUUCUCUGACCUGGUGGGGCUGGAGAGGGGGGAGGUCGGAGGAGUGGUCGGGGGCCCGCACGAGACCCAGGAGCACUCGUACCUGGACAUGGACUCGUACCCCAACAACGCUGGAACUCUGAAGUUGAGUCAGACGUCUCCAGAUGUCCCGAACUCGGAGGGGGGAGCCCCCAAAGACCUGCCCAACGCUCACUCUCAGCAGCAGGUCACCCCUCGGCCCAAACCCAUGACUCACCAGCUCUCCAGCCCUGAUUUCCACGGCGAGGAGAAGGAGCAGGUCACCUGCAUCGGGCAGAUCAAGCCCGAGCUCUACAGGCCCAAAGGCGAUCAGGGCGAAGGCAAGCAGGGCGACACCUGCGGCAAGAUCUGCUUCCUGCUGCGCUACGCCUUCAAUCAGACCAACAAUUUCUUUCUUAAAGAGUUCCCUUUGAUGUCACUUCCUGUUUCACUUAAGAUGAGCCGAAUUCAAUGGAAAWUWUGCCAGUUAUGUGACUUUUUGUAUUUGAAGGAUAGGCAAGUCACAUGCACUUUAAACACAUCAGCUGCAACCUUGUUUUUUUUUUUUUUUUGGUUUGAUUUUAUGAUAUUUAUUUUAUAUGUGUGUAAACCACACAAACACAAAGCAAUAAGACAGGUUGUGUGUUGGUCUCAGGUCCACAGAAAGACCUUAAACCCAGUGUUCAACGAGACGUUCCAGUUUGGCGUGCCGCUGAACGAGCUACAUUCCAGGAAGCUGCAUUUCUCCGUGUACGACUUCGACCGUUUCUCCAGACACGACCUGAUCGGACAGGUGGUGGUGGAAAACCUGCUGGACUUCAGCGAGGACAGCGGGGACAAACCCGUCUGGAGGGACAUCGUGGAGGGCCACGCAGAGAAGGCCGAUCUCGGGGAGCUUAAUUUCUCGCUGUGUUACCUGCCCACUGCAGGCAGGCUCACCGCUACAAUCAUCAAGGCCACCAACCUCAAAGCCAUGGACCUGACUGGUUUCUCAGACCCGUACGUGAAGGCCUCUCUGAUAUGUGACGGGCGGAGGCUAAAAAAGAGGAAGACCUCCAUUAAGAAGAACACGCUGAACCCCACGUACAACGAGGCGCUGGUGUUUGACAUUCCCAACGAGAACAUAGAAAGUGUAUCCAUCAUCAUCGCCGUGAUGGAUUAUGAUUGCAUCGGUCAUAACGAGGUUAUAGGGAUGUGUCGUGUGGGCAGCGACGCUGACGGGCCCGGGAGGGAGCACUGGACGGCCAUGCUGGCCAAUCCACGCAAACCAAUAGAGCACUGGCAUCAGCUUGUUGAGGAAAAAGCGAUCGGAACAUUUGUGUCAAAGUGUUCCACAACACCUUCCCCUAAACCGCAUAUUGUGGUGGACAGUCCCCACUCUGAUUAAAAUGGUCAUUAUCAUCUUGACAGCUCCGGCCUUUUCUUUCUGUUUUGAUUUGUUUCUCUUGUGUGAAUAACCCCCCCAUCCCACCCCGCUGCCCCCCCAUCAAAGAACGGAGAGCUCCGGUGACACUGCUAGUGUCCAACUGCUAGUGCCGAUUAGCUCCAGCUAAUAAAAUCUCCAACUCCUGUUCUGUGUUUUCUGAGCUGAAGGGACAAAGAACCAGGCUGCAGUYUGAACCUGAAACAUUACAAACGUUACAACUGAUGGGUGUAAAUUUGGUAUUUAGCGAGGAGACGCACACUUUUCUCUCUCUCUCACACACACACAUAAAUACACAGUUUGUAGUAUGUGUGUAGUUCAUGUGCUCUUCAGAUCAGUGUUUCUCAUCUAGAACUUUUCAAGAGAAAAAAAAAAGAAAAAAGAAAGAAAGCCAUCGUAGAAUGAGCGUUUCAACCAGGACCAAAGCUCCACGCCCGUGUACAGACUAUCAAGAAGAAAAAUAUUUACUUUAGUGUACAGUAUCUGCCAUACUGUAGAAAAAAAAAAAACACCACGUAACAGGAUCAGACCUCCACGGUGGAUUCUCCAGGCCAAUUUGGACGCCUUCUCCGAGGUCCUCUGGUUUCAGCGUUAACGUGGCGAGGCGUCCGUUGGUCGUUAUUGAUGUCAGAGGAGUGAAAAAACAAAGACAGACUCAUCGGUCUCAGCAUGUUACCUUGUCUCUUUCCAUCACCCCCACUUUUUUUUUGUCCUACGGGUACUCUUUUUGAUAUAUUUAUAAAUACAUAUUAUUUUACUCUGCCAUUUCUGUGACCUGCGUCCAUCAGGGAGGGAGUUUCUUCAUGUUUACAGUCCACCGAGGAAGAGGAGAGGUGAGCGUCUGAUGAACUUGGACGAUGAGAUCAUUCUCGCCUUUCAGACGCUUCCUGCUGCAGGACUGAUCAGGUUUUGUGAGACCUGGUGUUUGGGGUCUGUUCAGGAGGACAUCACCACUCUUUUAUUUUUCUAUCAUCCCAGGAAAAUGUUUUCUUUCCUCGACAAACAAACAAGAAAAAGUUGCCACGCUUCAACUGAAACCAUUUUUUUGUCUAGUUUGUCCCUGAAAGGACUCCAGAAGGACACACACGUCCGUGUUGCUUUUAUUAGUGCGUGUUUCUGUGUUUGUGGGCGUUUGUUUUGUACUUUGUGUGUGUGAGACCUUGUGUGUGUCAGAUAUCUGUACCUAUUAUUUCUGUCUUCACUCCCCUAAAAUCCAGGCAACAAACUAAAAAGAAAAAAAAAAGCUUGUCUUGGAGCCAGAUCUUGUAUUUUGUCUCGUGUCUUUAAAACGAGCCAUUUAAUUUGUGUGUCUGUGUCUGUGUGUGUGUGUGUCAGAGAGAAUGUGUGUCUGUACUAUUUGUGCCUCAUUGCACUCAGUGGGAAACUCUGUCUUUCAUAGACAUUAGUUUUUAUCGUCUCUGUUGUCUGAAAUCAGCUCCUCUCCUCUCCAACCCUUUGCCUGAUGUAACCGUGUUGAUCGUGUUCUUCUUCUGCUAACSUGUGCGCCGUUUGUCUGAGGGUCCAAUCAAACGGGUCGAAAAAUCAGUGUUUUGCUUAUAUUUAUUAGGAGAAACCCCAUCUGGGAGGGGAAACAAAGUUAGAAGAGAGUGAAGAUAAAAACAGUGUUUUUACAGAAAAUGACAGAAUUAGAUCCCCCUGAAAGAAAGCCAGCAGGGAGAAAMCGAGCUUCUGAGAUUUCUGCACUUCCUGUGUAAAUCGAUACAGACUUACAAAGCCAUGCCUGUCACCGCUAAUAUGACUGUAACCUCAGCAAAUUGUACUACACCUCACUACAGCUACAGCUCCUGUUUCCUGUCACACACUAACAGGAGUGUUUCUGGAUCUGAGGAAGCAACGUGGAAAGGGGCGGGGCUUCGAUCGGMUUGUACCGGUCAAUCUUUGAUUUGGUCCAGAGGUCCCAUAAUUCUCCAUCAUCUCCAGCUGCUGCUCCCCCUCACCUCUGUCUGAUCACCGUCUCCGUCCCCACCCCUUCCCCUUCCAUUUCCCGCUCUCUUUCCCGUCUCCUCCGGCCCACCUCCCUCCAUCUUGUCGCUCGUUCUCGCCCCUUCCGUCGUCUGGCUGUCAGCUCUUGUUCGUGCAGUCCUGAGUGGUCAUGGGGAAUCAUGUUUGCAUGCUUAUAUUAACAUGAAUGAUGUCAACUUGAAAAUUAUAUAAGUGAUGCUUUGAGCAAAGCCUGACGAUGAACUUGAUACUAAUACUACUAAUGAUGACGAAGUGGAGACCUGGCAGUUCUUUAGACUCUGUUGUCAAAAAAAGAAGGAAAAAAAAAAACAAUGAUGAGUUAACAUUGUUUAUGCUGUGUUUAUCUCGCUCAAAUUGGUAUCCUUUUUGAUUUUUCUUUGUUUUUUUAUAUGUAAUUUAUUCAAGAAGUUUACUUUUUUAUGAGUUCGCGAUGAUUGAGUGAGAGUUUCAGUCGGGUCGGAUAUUUCAGGUCACAGGGUGUCGGUGGAUGUGGAAGGAGUCAUGAUGGAAAUAAAGGAUAUGUAUCAUCCAA